AUGGAGUUCGACCUUACCCGAAAGAUGUCCGAAUUUCUGGAUCGCCACCAGGUGAUUCCAUUGCUCGACUUCCUCAUCCAGCAUCCAGAUGUCGAAGGAAGCUACAACAAAGAGGACGUCGUGAAAGCAAAGAUUGACCUGCUCUCCAACACGGGAAUGGUUGACUACGCCAUGGAAACCCACGUUGAGUUGUACGGAACCCCCGCACCGGUCGAGCUCGAGAACCGCAGGGAUCAGGUCAUCCUGGUUCUUCACGCACUCGAGGACGAUGCUAGCCCACUCCUUGCCAUCAUCCAGGAUGACCAACUCAUGCAGGAGCUCUCGGAGACCAACUCGUUCACCAUGGAGCAUCUCACCACUCAGCAUGACGUGCCGCCAGAGGUUUUGGACGCCAUCUACGAGCUCGGCAAGUUUCGAUUCGACUGCGGAAGCUACGAGGAUACUGCGGCCCUCAUGUGGGCAUAUCGCACUCUCGCUAAUGGCAAUAAUCCGGAACGCGAGUUUUUCGCGCUUUGGGGCAAGUUUGCGGCUGAUAUUUGCACGGAGAAAUGGGAUGCCGCGCUUGAGGAUAUGAACAUGCUCAAAGAAGCUAUCGAUUCCAGCGGACGCUCUGUCCUACUUAACCCACUUCAACAGCUGCAGCAGCGCACCUGGCUCAUCCAUUGGAGCCUUUUCGUGUUCUUCAAUCACCCAGACGGCAGAAAUGGUAUCACCGACUUCCUACUCAGCGAUAAGUACCUUAAUACUAUUCAAACUAAUUGCCCGCAUAUUCUUCGCUAUCUUACCACUGCCGUCAUCACGAACAAGCGACGGAGAAAUGUUAUGAAGGACCUUGUCAAGGUCAUUCAGCAAGAGUCGUACGCGUAUUCCGAUCCCAUCACCGAGUUUGUGCAAUGUCUGUACGUCAAUUUUGAUUUCGAGGGAGCGCAGGAUAUGCUCCAAAAGUGCGAAGACACCCUCAAGCGGGACUACUUUCUGUAUAAAAUGCUCGAUGACUUUUUGGAGGAUGCUCGUCGGACCAUCUUUGAGACAUACUGCCGAAUCCAUCAGGUCAUUGAUAUUGGUAUGCUCGCUAGCAAGCUCAACAUGGUUCAGUACGAUGCUGAGAAGUGGGUUGUCAACCUGAUCCGACAUGCUCGCCUGGAUGCGAAGAUCGAUAGUCAGGCAAAUCAAGUCAUUAUGGGCGUUACCGUACCGAGCGUAUACGAACAGGUCGUGGACAGCACAAAGAACCUUCUCAUCAGAGGAAGCGUCCUUGCCCAGAAUUGCGAUCGCCCACAAGGCUAUUCUGGUGGGUAUCGUGGCGAUGAUGACAGAAGGAAUCGGAGAGGGAGGCGGGAUAGAACAAACUAG